AUGUCGUCAAUGAGAGGAGACAGCAGCUGGUCCCAGCCGCGGGACAUGAGCAGCCUCAUCCAGGCGUGCAGUUUCAACAUCCAGAGGAUCAACCAAAACUCUGGUCAGAUCAAAAGUCUCCUCUACCAAUUGGGGACGAGCGAGGAGACCUCAGAGCUGCAGGAGAGGCUCCAACAGCUCCAGCACUACACCAACCAGUUGGCUAAAGAAACCAACAAACAUCUGAAGGAGCUGGGAGCACUGCCCCCGCCACCGUCUCCAUCAGAGCAGAGGCAGCAGAAGCUGCAGAGGGAACGCCUGAUGAACGAUUUCUCUGCAGCCCUCAACAACUUCCAGGUGGUGCAGCGGAAGGCGGCUGAGAAAGAGAAGGAGUCAGUGGCCAGAGCUCGAGCCGGAUCCAGAGUCAUGGGAGAUGGAGUGAAUGUGAAUGACCAGCUGGUGACAUUUGAAAAGGAUGACGAAUGGGGUCCGAACCAGACUCAGACUGAGGAGCCUGCCAUCACAGAGGAGGACCUGGAGCUCAUCAAGGAGAGGGAGACAAACAUCAAACAGCUGGAGGCCGACAUUAUGGAUGUGAACCAGAUCUUCAAGGACCUGGCUGUGAUGAUCCACGACCAGGGAGAUAUGAUCGACAGCAUCGAGGCCAAUGUGGAAAGCGCUGAGGUUCAUGUCGACAGAGGAGCAGUGCAGCUGCAGAAGGCAGCCUACUACAAGAGGAAAUCUCGUAAGAGGAUGUGCAUGCUGGCCAUGGUGCUGACGCUUGUGCUCACCAUCCUCAUCAUCAUCAUCUGGCAGGCCAUCAAAUGA